AUGUUUUCAUCUACAUUUUACCGAACAACUCAACUAGGCUUUACCCUUCUACGCCAUAAACUAACACAACCUCACUUAACCUCUAAUUUUCGUUAUCCGGCUCUUAGUUUUAUUAGCGCGAGCUCUACUCGUAGUAAAGUUACUACUAUAAAUUCACAACGUCCUCCGAUAACACCAUCUCCUAGCGAUGGAUUUCUUCAAGGCAGUGCUGCAAGUUACAUUGAAGAAAUGUAUGAAGGAUGGCUAAAAGACCCUAAUUCCGUUCAUUUAUCUUGGCAAGUAUAUUUCAAAAAUAUCCAAGCUGGCGUGAAUCCUCGUCAUGCCUAUCAACCACCUCCAACAAUUGUGCCAACUGGAGCGCCCAUUUCAGUCACUCCAGGAGGCACUCAUGGAAUAAACGAUCAUAUGAAGGUACAACUUUUAGUAAGAGCUUAUCAAGUUCGUGGCCAUCAUCUUGCAAGAUUGGAUCCUCUAGGCAUUAUGAAUGCUGAUUCUAAAUUUCCAAACGAACUUGAUCCGAUGCAUUAUGGAUUCACAAAAGAAGAUCUUAAUAGGCAAUUUUCAUUAGGUCCUGGAAUAUUACCACAAUUUGCUAAAUCUGGUGAAAAAAAGACUCUUCGAGAGAUUGUCGAAUAUUGUAAACAAAUUUACUGUGGUCCGAUCGGCAUUGAAUAUAUUCAUAUUCCUUAUCGAGCUCAGUGUGAAUGGAUUCGUACUCGAAUAGAAAUUCCAGUACCAUAUAACUAUACGCAGGAGGAAAAACGCAUGAUUCUUGACAGAUUAAUAUGGUCAGAUUCAUUUGAGAAAUUUGUAGCUUUAAAAUAUCCAACUGAAAAAAGAUUUGGUUUGGAAGGAGGUGAAAUUUUGAUUCCUGGCAUGAAAGCUUUGAUUGAUAGGUCUGUUGAUCUUGGGAUAGAGUCAAUUGUGCUUGGAAUGGCUCAUCGUGGUCGAUUGAAUGUGCUUAGUAAUGUAAUUCGAAAACCGAAUGAGUCUAUAUUUUGUGAAUUUGGUGGGUCUGCAAAUUCUGCAAAUUCUGCCGGUGAAGGUUCAGGUGACGUAAAAUAUCACCUAGGUAUGAAUUAUGACAGACCAACACCAUCUGGAAAACGUGUACAUCUUUCUCUCGCUGCUAAUCCAUCCCAUUUAGAAGCUGUGAAUCCUGUUGUAUUGGGCAAAGUUCGUGCACUACAGCAUUACACAGGUGAUGAGAAAGAACGACAUCGUUCUAUGGCUGUUUUACUCCAUGGUGAUGCAUCAUGCGCAGCACAGGGUGUAGUAUAUGAAACAAUGGGUUUUCAUGAUCUACCUUACUAUACAACUGGGGGUACAAUCCACAUAGUUAUAAACAAUCAAAUAGGGUUUACUACUGAUCCCCGAUUUGCACGUUCAACACCGUAUUGUACUGAUAUAGCUAAAGUAGUUAAUGCACCUGUCUUUCAUGUGAAUGGAGAUGACGCUGAGGCUGUAACUUUUGUAUGUCAAUUGGCUUCUGACUGGAGACAAACUUUCAAAAAGGAUGUUGUUAUAGAUUUAGUCUGUUAUCGUAAACAUGGUCAUAAUGAAGUUGAUCAGCCUAGCUUUACACAGCCAAGAAUGUAUAAACAAAUUGCUAAGCAAACUUCAACACUUGACAUUUAUAUCAAAAAACUUUUAAAUGAAGGUACAUUCACAAUGACUGAAAUUGAAAAUCAUAAAAAGUGGGUUUGGGAUACAUUAGAAGAAAGUUAUAAGAAGAGUAAAGAUUAUGUACCAACUAGUCGUGAAUGGCUUUCUAGUUUCAAAUCACCUAAAGAAAUUGCUGAAAAAAUCACUCCUGUUUAUUCAACUGGUUCUUCUCUUGAGUCACUUCAACAUGUCGGUGAUAUUAUUAGUUCUUACCCAAAAAAAUUCAAUAUACAUCCUGGUCUUGAAAAAAUAUUCAAAGCUCGUGCUAAAUCUAUAGAAAGUGGUGAAAAUAUCGACUGGCCCACUGCUGAGGGUCUUGCUUUUGGAUCAUUGCUACUUGAAGGAAAGCAUAUCCGUCUAUCUGGUCAAGAUGUAGAACGUGGAACUUUCUCACAACGUCAUUCUGUUCUCCAUGACCAAGAAAAUGAAACUCAGUAUACACCAUUAAAUCAUUUACGACACGGUCAAGCUCCAUUUGUUGUAUGUAAUUCUUCAUUAUCAGAAUUUGGUGCCCUUGGUUUUGAACUUGGAUAUUCUCUUGUAAAUCCAAAUUCUCUUAUACUGUGGGAAGGUCAAUUUGGUGAUUUUGCCAAUAAUGCGCAGUGCAUUAUUGAUCAAUUCAUUGCAGCUGGCGAAAAGAAAUGGCUUCAACGUACCGGAUUGGUAGUAUUAUUACCUCAUGGUUAUGAUGGACAAGGUCCUGAACAUUCAAGCGGACGUCUUGAACGAUUCCUUCAACUUUGUGAUGACCAUCCAUAUGUUUUUCCUUCUCCGGAAAAAAUGGCACGUCAACACCAAGAUUGUAAUUUGCAAGUAGUAUAUUGUACAACACCAGCAAAUUAUUUCCACGUUUUGCGGAGACAAAUUCACCGUGACUUCAGAAAGCCACUUAUAGUCUUCACAUCAAAGAACCUUCUUAGGCACCCUAUGGCUCGUUCUAAACUUGAUGAAAUGAUCGGCGAGUCUUAUUUUGCUAGAUAUAUACCAGAUCCACAUCCAGGCACGCUUGCUGCACCAGAAAAAAUCACUCGUCAUGUCUUAUGCUCUGGACAAGUAUAUUAUGCUCUUUUAAAAGCUCGUGAACAAAACAAGAUGGAUCAUGUGGCAAUUUCUAGAAUCGAACAACUAUCUCCAUUUCCGUAUGACUUGUUAGCACAGCAUGUGGACAAGUAUCCAAAUGCACAGCUUGUAUGGGCUCAAGAAGAACCUUUGAAUUCAGGAGCAUGGAGUUAUGUAGCACCUAGAAUUCGUACUCUUAUGAAUAGCACUGAACAUAAUAAAGGCAAAGCUUCUAAGCCAGCAACUCGUUUACCUUCAGCUUCUCCUGCAACAGGAAACAAAAAACAACACACCCAAGAAGAAUAUGAGUUAUUAUCCCAAGCACUGAUUGGAGAAGUUUUAAAACCAAAAACUGUUGUUUCUGGAGUACCAGUUUGGGAAUAA